AUGAAGCAACUAGCUGCAUGGUACCAGAAAAAGAUCAGCUCUUACGACAAGGAAGAAUGGGAGACGAUGGUAGAACAAUUACUGAUGCGUGGGACGUACCGCCGCCGCAUCGUAGACUUUUCAAACCACGCUAGAUCUUAUUUAAUUGACGUUGACCUAGUAAGAGGUUCGUCGUUCCCAAAAGCAAAGCCUACUCUUGGUAUGAGGCGCGUGGUAUGGUAUGCUCUAGUCCGACUUUUGUUCCUACCCGCGCUACACCAAUGGUGGGCACAACAAACAUCGUCGGCGUGUGCCAAAUUUCUUCUAACAUUAUGGGUGAUGCAGGUCCUUAAUAUCUCCAUAUACUUCAUGACUCCAAACACGGUGGACAUAGAUCCAAACUGUUGGGUUGUUCCUCUAGGUCUCAUGAUAGUCCUGAGCGUUGUGCACUCCCAAAUAGUUAGUACAACUGAAAUGGAACUAGCUAGAGUACGACCACGCGCCACUUUUCGUAGGAAACUACCUCGAUAUUUCAGGCGGUCGAGAUCCGAAUGCGAUGGCGGUAGCGCCGGUGGCUCCGGUGAAAGCGGUGCAACCUCCAGCCAAAGCAAGACGCCCUCUACCAAACCUGCCAAAUUCAGACGAAGACAGUCAAGGCCUGAAGUGGCUGAAACUGUCCUCAGAAAACGGAAAAGAGAAUUGCCUAAAGAGAUAUUAAUAAAAAAAAUUGAAACACCUACCAAACCAAAGCCAAUGAUAAACAUAAAAGCAAAAGAUUCGGAUGACGAAGAUUAUAUGAUUUGGAAAAAACCGGAUUUACCCACUCCUAUAGUAACUUUUACCCCGCCGCCAAAUGACGCUACACCAAGUUCAUCUUUCCCGUUUAAAGCUAAUAUAUUAACAAAAAAGCAACUAGAGUCGUUUAACGUAAGGCAAAACAACAUUGUUAGAGUGUUUGCGGAUGGCGAUGACGGUUUCGAAAGCCUUAACGGCUAUAAUUCUAACGGCAGUGAAGGUGAUAGAGUAAAACAUGAAACGGAAAAUGUUGCGACCGUUAAGCCAACCAGUCCGAAUGAGAGUAAUACAACUGAAAAAAAUAUUUGUCCGCAAAUAGCUGAAGAAUUAAAUGUUAGUGUAGAAAAUGAGCCCGAUGUUUACAUCAAUGCAAAUAUACUGAAGAAAGGGGAUGAGAAGUCGGAGGAUGGAGAUUCCGAUGGUGCUAUUCCCACGAGCAGUCCAAAUACAAGUAAAAGAAUUGGUGUACGAUUUCGAGGAUCCUGGGCUCAAGACGGCAUUCGAGAAUCGAGUGAUGAUGAUUUCGCUAGUAAAAAGAAGGAAAAGAAAUUAGGCAAUUACCAGACAUCGUCAUCCGACGGGGAAUGCUCGGCGUCGGCCCCAUCCAUCGCUCUUCCAUCCCACCAUACCAUGUCUGAUUGGGUUGGGCAAACUACUAACAGUGAAGCAAGCAGUUAUGGCUCUCAGUCGGAAGGCGGGCACUCUGACGUUGGCUUCCCGUAUACAGCUGAUAGUUCCUGGGAUCCAUUCGCCAUACUGGAUCCUAGUAGUGAUACAGUGAAAUGUACGAUGUGGGAGUGCGGGUCGACGCUGCGUGCGGAGCUGUCGGCCGUGGACAUCAGCUGGUACGUGGUGGCGCGCGCCGAGCGGGCCAUGGCGGCCGACGGCGGGCUGUGGGCCGGGCUCGCCAUGGCGGCCGCCGUGGCACUCGCCGCACCCAUCGUACGCCUCGUGCAGAUGGCUAUAGAGCAGGACAACAGAACUGAAGAAGAGCUACAAACACUUUCUUUAUUCACAUACAUCCCUUCACUGGUGGCUAAUUACAGCCAGGGGUCUGCGUUUUCCCUUUUUCACGGCGCUUACGGUGAUAAUAUUUGGGUAAUAUCAACGAACCUUCUAUCUUGUUGUCUCCGCUUUGCACUCAGCGCACUAGUGUUUUUUCUAUUGACCGUAGCUGAACGAGCUUUCAAACAGCGCUUUUUAUAUGCGAAGUUAUUUUCGCAUCUAACAUCUGCUCGUCGAGCACGCAAAUCAGAACUACCACAUUUUAGACUCAACACUGUGAGAAAUAUCAAGACAUGGCUGUCGACACGCUCUUAUUUGCGGCGGCGUGGUCCACAGAGAUCUGUUGACGUGAUUGUAUCAGCGGCAUUUGUGUUAACGCUAAUGCUCCUCGCUUGUGUCAGCGCACAGCUGUUAAAGGACACGGUGACGUUGGAAUGCGGCUGGCUACUAGAAGCGAUGGUUUGGAGCAGUUGCCUCGGUAUAUACCUACUGCGUUUGUUGACACUAGGUAGUAAUGUUAAUAAGAAAUACCGCUGCUGUCUAUCGGCCAUAUUGACGGAACAGAUUAAUCUUCACCUUGCCAUUGAGCAGAGGCCGGAGAGCAAGGAACAGCUAACUGUUGCCAACAAUGUACUGAAACUCGCAGCUGACUUACUUAAGGAACUGGAUUCGCCUUUCAAGAUCUCUGGUAUAUGUGCCAAUCACUAUCUCUACACAAUCACUAAAGUAGUUAUACUUUCUGCGUUGUCAGGAGUGUUAUCCGAAAUGCUAGGUUUCAAAUUAAAAUUACAUAAAAUUAAGAUCAAAUAG